AUGGCUUCUUCUCUUCAGAAGCAGCUACAGCAAGUACAGAACGACAAUGUUCUGAAAGCUGGUAAGAUUCGGCGGGCACCGUCGUUAUUAUACGAGCCCAAAGUUGCUGCUGAUAUGGAUUUGGAAGAAAUCUAUGUUACAGCAGUAAGUGGUUUUCAUGAGUUGGCGGUUCGUGAACCUCGUUUGUUACAUUAUGAAAAAACUUUAUUAGGUGAACAAUCCGUUCACGUCGAUAGAUUGACAUUGGAUAAAGCUGAAAACGAAAAAUUAAAUAAGGAGUGCGUUCAUUUGCUGCGACUCUUGGCUCCUUUCUUUACGUACAAAACUACCUUGAAGGUGCUAGAAUGGUUAAUUCGCCGUUUUAGCAUUCAAGAGUAUAUCGCUGAUGAGUUUUUGCUCACCUUUUUCCCUUAUCACGAUCAUCCUUUUUUUGCACGGGUCUUGGCAUGCUCAAAACCAAAUUCAAGACCCAUGCUUUUUUUGAAACCCGCUAUAGAAAUGCGUGUUGCGCUGUCACGAGCCGACGUAGUGCAUGCUAUAAUUCGUGACAAAGAUUUGCUGUCGAUGUUUGCGCAAUUCGCCCAAGCUUCUGCAGAGUCGAAUACGAUGUACCCGAUUCUUGCUCGAUUUUGGGCUGGUGUCUUUUUAGAAUCCAUGGUUUCAUGGUCGUCUUCUAACGUUGACUCCAAUAUUAUCAUGGAUCGUCUAUUCUUGUACAUAUCUUACGCCGUCAGCUAUCCGGCGAGCACCAGUUUUCAGAUUUCUGGAUUUAUGUGCUUAUCUGCGCUUGCCGUUUCUUUUCCUUUACAUGUUUCAAUUAUUCCUCCUCUUUUAGACGCCAUCACGCUUCGUAUUACUGCCGAUAAUAUCCGUCAAGCUUUGAUUUGUAUAGGUCAUUUGUUACAGACCCACCAGGGUGCAGUAGAAUUUCAACAAGAAUGGGCUGACCGUUUGGAAGCUUAUGGCUCUUCCAAAUUGCUUUUGGAAUUAAAUCAAAAGCAUCGCUUGGAUAAAUUGUUUACAAUUUAUUGGUUGACUUUACUCAAAACUAAAAAAUCUAAUAAACGUGAGCUUCUUCAUUUAUUAGACAAUUCGUUCUCACAUCUUCAUAUUUCCUUUGAGCAGGCUAAAAUAUUGCUCUCGACAAUUUCGUUGCAAUCGGAAUAUCCCACAUUGCAAAGUUAUCGCCGGGUUAUUAGUAAUGUAGAUAUGAAAGAGAAAAACGUUACCAAGGAUGUUCCAACAACUGGCGUUGUUGGACAACCUAAAGCUGAAGACUCAAAGGUUUCCACAAAAGCUGACAAACGAGCCUUACGUGCUAAGAUUGAUUCGUUUGAAGAACCCGCUGAUUAUACUAUGUGCAUCUCUUUGGCUAAUGAUGUAACGUCUGUCGAUGCAAGCUAUUUCAAUAACUUACUAUCCAAGUUCAGUAAGAAGAUUCCUUUUUUGACUUCUUGUAUUAUUUUUGGGGAAGAAGAAACCGCUGCCAUGGCUUUAGCGAGUAUGGAAAACAUCAUUGGUUCUCAGGUGAAUACCGAUUUCCAGGCUCUUUUGCCUACAGCUCUUUAUGCCUUGACUCAUGCUUCGCCCAAAAUCAGAUCCAAAGCACUUUCAAUCAUAUCAGCAAUUCCUCGUUCAACCGAGAAGAGUAUAUCAGAUGUAUAUGGGCUGAACGAUCCCGAGUUUGAAAACUUCAAAUGGUUAAGUUUCGAAGAAAUUCGGGUUUUCUGUACAGAUUAUAUCCUUAGUCGCUUUUCCGAACUUACUUUGGACAAUAGUUAUGUCUUCUCUUAUAUUGGAGAAAAUUUGUAUGCCGAGAAGAAGAGCAAGGACUUAUCUGUUAAACUGGCUGUCACCUCUUUUUUGACAUCGCAUGCGUAUAGUAGUCAAUUUACAGAGAUCCGUGUUUUCCUGUUGGAAGUUCUGCAUCAUGUUCAUGGAAAGGUUAACGACAUGAAGCAGCAUCUUCUGUCUCCUAAACUGACUAAUCUUUCAGAACCCAAUAACAUUGAGCAAGCAAAGCAAGUCACUACAAAAGAGGCUGAAGCAAUCGUUAAAGUUUUUGAUCAACAUUACUUUGCUUCUAUGUUGGCAUUGGUUAAGACGGAGUCAGCGUUAUCUCAGGCUGCUUGCAAGCAUUUAGUCACUUUGCAAGAAAAGUUAAAGGACCCACAAUAUUUAGAGUUGGUUCGCACUUUGAUUGAAUCUGAAGACCAACCUUCGUAUUUUAUUGAUACUUUGGAUGCUCUCAAUAUCCCUUCUUAUGUGUUCCAAAAACUGCUCGAAAAAAUUCAAUUUAGUAGUAAGAAUGGUGCAUCCUCUAAACGGACACGUGGUAAAGAAGGAAUAUCUGCUUUUGAAUUACGAAAAGUGACUCGUGUUUUGGAACUUCUCGAAACUAAGACUGCUGCAAGCCAUCGUUAUUUAAUUGUUCCUUUGUUUGACAUCCUUAAUCAAGUUAUCAGUUUAAAGGACCAUAUUGUCUCGGCCAACUAUUUGCUUCAGUUAUUGCUUGGUCUUCUGUAUGAUAUGGUUUGUGCUGCUCCCGUCAAAGAACUGUCUCCCUCUAUCAGAAUCGAUACAUUAGUGGGCUGUAUUAGAUCUUCGAACAAUCCCCAAAUUCAGAAUAAAGCUUUGCUACUUGUUAGUGGACUUUCUCAUGCUGCUCCGGAAGUAGUUUUGCAUGGAGUUAUGCCCAUAUUCACUUUCAUGGGAACUACAGUUUUAUCCCGCGAUGAUGCGUUUUCGAUUCAUGUCAUUGAACAGACAAUUAAAACCGUUAUUUCUGCUUUGGUUAAACUUUCAAGUGAUUUCGAUUCUUCACUGUUGAUUUCAUGCUUCGUUAACGCGUUUCCUCACAUUCCUCAGCAUCGCCGUCUUCGAUUAUAUCGGAUGCUUUUACAAACGAUCGGAACUCACAAGUUUAUGUCCGUUAUUCUCAUCCAAUUCGCUGAAAAGGCCGUUGCCGCUAAACCUUCUCAAGCUAAGAUCGUUCAAGACUUCUGUUUGGCAUUAGCUCAAAGCAUUUCACCUGUUGAUCGCAUUCGUACUAUCAACCAAUGCUCUCAAACCUGUCUUGAGUCUCUCAAAGCACAAACCGCUACUCAAAGUAACGGAAAACCCGUAACUAGUGUAAAAUUAGAGCAACUGCCCAUGGAACUUGAUGUCAAUACUAUUGGAACAUUGCGUCUUAAAUUACUUGAGCUUACGACGAUCGUUUGCAAGGCAAGAAAUUUCGAGUCCGAUCUUGCUCGAAUUAUCGAAUCAGAUGUUGAGCAGUUUAAACUUAUCGAGUCAGACUUGUUCAAGUCAUUAGAGAUUUUGCUUGAACUGGGUGACAUUGUGAAGUCUGACCAGGAAGUUGAUUACGUUUAUACAGCUCUUCGCAAUCUUGUUGCUCUUCUUCCUGAAAAGUCAUUCUGUGCAGCUCUUGCCAAGUUGCUUCAUGACAAGCGUACUUUGCUUCGCCGUAAAGCUUUGGGUGUUUUGCAGCAGCGUGUGCAACGGGGUGCUAAGGUUUCUUCAUUAACCGCUUUGGUACCUGAUGUUACAUAUAACAUAUCCAAUGGUAAAGAUGAAGAAACUGUGCAACUAGCAAUGGACUGUCUUUCUGACAUGGCCAAACGUUUUAAGAAAAACCCAGAAUUAUUCGAAUCUGCCAUUGAGGUUGUAUCUGGUCCUUAUGGUUUGAAGAGCAAAGCAAAAGACGUUCAAGUUUCCUCAAUCGUUUGUAUAACCGUAUUAUCAAAUACGUUAGGUGCUAGAAUAUUGCCCUAUUUGGCCGAUAUUAUGGAGAGUGUUCUUUCACUGUUAUUCGGCGCCAAAAACGAUUCCGAAGGAGAUCUUCUAGAACUGGCCUGUUUCUCAAUGAUGAUUGACUUAUUCAAGGUUAUUCCAGAGUUCAGUGCUAGCUAUGCCGAACCUACAAUCAAAGCUGCAUUGGCUUCCGAUCGCGCGUUCGGGCAAGAUUCAAUUGGUGAAUUGCUAUUUGAUACUAUUGCUAAUUAUGUUCCCACUCGUCAUUUAAUUAAAUCCAUCCUCUCUGCUUGGACUGAAUGUACUAAACUAGGAUCUACUGCAGCUCUUCGUCUCCUUGAAUUAAUUGAAAUGACGUUGCAAAAUUCCACAAGAGCAGCGGUCGGCACUGUUUACAAGUCUAUCUUUAGAUUUUUCCUUGAUUCUUUCGAUAGCCGACGCUCUUUGUUCUUCGCAGAGGACGUGGAUAACGUGGAAACAAAAGCCGUAAAUGUUUUCCUCAAGUUCGUUAUGAAAUUGAGCGAUACAACUUUUAGGCCUUUGUUUCUACGCUUACAAUCUUGGGCAAUGGAAGAUUUGCGUGAAAGUGACCCGUCAGGCAUUGUUUCACGCCAAACAUUUUUUUAUAAUUUUUUGACAACGUUUUUGGAUACUUUAAAAUCAAUUGUAACCAAUUAUUACGCUUACGUUUUAGAUAGCACAGUUGACAUCUUGUCAUCUAAGGACACGAACAGUGAACUUCGUCACUUGGUCAUUAGCAGUAUGGCCGUCGCAUUCGAAAAUGACACAGAGGAAUUUUGGACGGUACCUGCUCGUUUCAAUUUGCUUGUACCUGUUCUAAUAGAACAAGUUCAUUAUGCUCCUUUGCUGGACAACAAAAUAUUGAUUAAAGCUAUUGCUGAGCUUGCGAACGUCGCAUCUUCUAGCGAGAACUUUAAAGCCAUUAAUACUCCACUUUUGCAACACCUUCGGUCUGAAAAUACGGAUGUUCGCGUUUUGGCCAUUCAAAUCGAGACUCAAUUGUAUGGACGAUUGACCGAACAAUGGGUUUCUACGCUUCCACAAUCCAUUCCAUUUAUAGCUGAGAUUAUGGAGGACGACGAUGAACAGGUCGAGGCUGCAACAACAGAACUGGUCCGUGUCGUUGAUGAUUGUCUCGGUGAAAAUGAAUCCCUUCAAGAUUAUUUAACUUAA